AGUGUUAUUUGAAAUCAAAGAGAUGACACCAGUUGAUUCAAGAUUAACUCAUGUACUUGAGACCUGGUGUCAUGAGAAGGAUAGAACAAUAACUGAACUGAAGGAAUCAUUGAAAAGAAUGGAUAGAGAUGAUAUACUUGAAGGUUUACAUGAAUUACCUACUGGACAAUAUACAAUGAAUAAUGAUGAAGAAUAUGAUAUUAAUGUAAAAGAUUCAAAUGAUGAAGUUGAGACUCAAAUUGAAACUGAAAACAAAGAAAUACAAACAACACAAACAACUCUUGACAAGGAAAUUCAGUUCAACUAUCUUGUACCAUCACAAGGUUAGU